AUGGAAUUCGCCCGUCGUUUGUCCCAGACGAGCGAGAUGCUUCAGACCCCGUCGCUGAAAGAGGCGCCGCAGCCACGGAGUCUGGAGGCACGCAGUGACGCGGCCACGAGUCCGCCGCUGAGCCCCGUGCUGGGCCCGCGCACGACGCGCUCGUCGUCUGCGCACUAUGAAGAGCCACAGCGUCGACGCCGCAGCCACUCGGAGUGUCUCAUGCUGGCCAAGACGCGCGGCGGCCAGGACUUGCCGGGCCCGUGUCAGGAGUACAUUAGUAAUGUGAAGCAGAUUCUGGCGCGGAACGACGACCAGCUGUUGCACUUGCGCCGACGUCGCAGCAUGAACUUGAGCCACCCGACGCUGUUCAAGUGA